UGGGUUUUGCAACCGGUUCCUCCAUCUGCUUCCUGGGGUUUGCUUUCGCUUCUCCCAGGGUCGCCUCCUUUCAGGUUGGCUUGGAUGCCUUUACUUGCAAAAGGAGCCAAGGGAGCAGAGCCAAAGGAGAGAGAGAGAACAGCACAGGUGAAAGAGCUCCUGCAAAGUGAAGAAAGCCAUGUUGAUGUGGAUGCGUUGCAGGAUUGGGGCCCUUCGUCAGAUCGGAGCCAUUGGAGGGCAGCAUGACCUCAGGUGCCCCCAGAAGAGAGGCUGCCAUUCUGGGGGGACCCUCUCAUCACCCCCCAAAAUCACUGCAUUGAAAAAGAGGGGCUAUGACAUCACACGGAACCCCCACCUCAAUAAGGGAAUGGCCUUUACCCUUGAAGAGAGGCUCCAGCUGGGAAUUCACGGCUUGCUUCCUCCUUGCUUCUUGAGCCAAGAUGUUCAAGUCUUCCGUGUCCUGAAAAGCUACGAGACCAAAUCCAGUGAUCUGGACAAAUAUAUCAUCCUGAUGACACUGCAAGACCGGAAUGAGAAGCUGUUCUACCGAGUUCUCACAUCAGACAUCGAGAGAUUCAUGCCAAUUGUGUACACUCCUACUGUCGGCUUGGCUUGUCAACAGUAUGGCCUUACUUUCCGGAGGCCUCGUGGGCUGUUUAUUACCAUUCAUGACAAAGGACAUAUUGCAACGAUGCUGAAUUCAUGGCCGGAAGAAAACAUAAAGGCUAUUGUGGUGACCGAUGGAGAGAGAAUUCUUGGCCUGGGGGAUCUAGGAAGCUACGGCAUGGGAAUACCGGUGGGAAAACUUGCUCUCUAUACUGCUUGCGGUGGUGUUCAUCCCCAGCAGUGCCUUCCUGUCCUUCUUGACGUUGGCACAGACAACGAGGCCUUACUGAAUGACCCGCUCUACAUUGGUCUGAAGCACAAAAGGGUCCGUGGGAAACAGUACGAUGACCUGGUAGACGAGUUUAUGCAAGCCGUCACUAACAAGUACGGGAUGAACUGCCUCAUCCAGUUCGAAGACUUUGCAAAUGCCAAUGCCUUCCGACUUCUCAACAAAUACCGCAACAAAUAUUGUACAUUCAACGAUGACAUUCAGGGAACCGCCUCUGUUGCAGUAGCUGGAAUCUUUGCAGCCUUGAGGAUCACAAAGAACAAGCUUCCUGACCACAAAUUUGUCUUCCAAGGAGCCGGAGAGGCUGCUAUGGGCAUUGCUCAUCUGAUAGUUAUGGCUCUUGAGAAAGAAGGCAUUCCGAGAGAAGAAGCUGUUAAAAAAAUCUGGAUGGUGGACUCCAAGGGUCUCAUUGUCAAGGGUAGAAGUCACUUGAAUCAUGAAAAGGAGAUGUUUGCCCAGGAUCAUCCCGGUGUGAAGACCCUCGAAGAAGUAGUGCGGACAGUAAAACCAACAGCCAUUAUUGGUGUGGCUGCCAUUGCUGGAGCUUUCACUGAACAAAUUUUGAAGGACAUGGGGACGUUCAAUGAGAGGCCAAUUGUGUUUGCCCUCAGUAACCCCACAAGCAAAGCUGAGUGCACAGCUGAACAGUGUUACCACUUGACAGAGGGACGAGGGAUAUUCGCCAGUGGAAGCCCAUUUCCAAAAGUGACCCUACCAAAUGGGCAGACCUUCUUCCCUGGACAAGGGAACAACGCUUACGUUUUCCCAGGUCUUGCUCUGGGAGUUAUUGCUUGUGGGGUCCGGCACAUCUCUGAUGACCUCUUUCUCACCACUGCAGAGUCUAUUGCAGAAGAAGUCACAGAAGAGAACCUUGCAGAAGGAAGGUUGUAUCCACCUCUGAGCUCCAUUCAAGAUGUCUCCUUCAAAAUCGCUGUCAAGGUGGUUAACUAUGCCUACAGACACAACCUGGCCUCAUGGUACCCAGAACCAGAAGACAAAGAAGCCUUUGUUAAAUCCCUCAUUUACAGUCCCGACUAUGACUCAUUUGUGAUAGAUAAUUACCAAUGGCCACAGGAAGCCAUGCAGACUCAAGAUAUUUAGUGUUCUCCUGUGGGGAGGUCUUAAAGGGACUCUGUUCCUCUGACUCUUACGUCUCUACUGGCUUGAAUCAUCAGCUAUAAAGGGAAGGGUGAAGAACCACCCAUUUUGGAUUCAUGCA